AAAGUGAAACGACAGAUCCAACGCUAUUUUGUACAGCGUUUAAGAGAAAUCGAUUCUUUAUGUUUACGCAGCGAGAACCUGACGCACAUGAAUCGCACAAAGGAGAUCGAGACGUGUAUAAUGAAAAACCUUCACGAGAAGAACAAACAGUUGCCUCAGCCACACCAACCAAACAAAAACUAGGAAACACGGCGAUUUUACGUACCACAGCAGGAGAUAUUCAUAUACGACUGUUUCCUGAAUAUGCACCGAAAGCAGUUGAAAAUUUUGUAACGCAUUCAAAAAAUGGAUAUUAUAAUAACGUGAUAUUUCAUCGAGUUAUAAAAGGCUUCAUGAUUCAAACAGGAGAUCCACUUGGCGAUGGAACUGGAGGAGAAUCGGCCUGGGGGUCAGAAUUUGAGGAUGAAUUUCACAGGGACCUCCGCCAUGAUAGACCAUAUACAGUAAGUAUGGCCAACGCAGGGCCAAAUACUAAUGGAUCACAAUUCUUUAUUACGGUUGUUCAAACACCGUGGCUCGAUAAUAAGCACACAAUAUUUGGACGAGCAACUGCAGGAAUGGAUGUGAUUCAUACAAUAGAAAAUGUCAAAACUGAUAAAUUAGAUAAACCGUUUGAAGAU